AUGACUCCUGUCAACGGCGUCUCCAAGGCCCUGGACCACACCAAGGCCCUCGAGGUCUUGAAGGAGUACGAGAUGUCGGACGGUCUCGACCUCCAUCAGCUCAUGGACACCACUAAGCACGGUGGCCUGACCUACAAUGACUUCCUGCUCAUGCCUGGCUACAUUGGCUUCCCUGCCUCCGAGGUCGCCCUGGACUCGCCCGUGACAAAGCGCAUCACCCUCAAGACGCCCUUUGUCUCGAGCCCCAUGGACACCGUCACCGAGCACGAGAUGGCCAUCUCCAUGGCCCUCCAGGGUGGCCUGGGCGUCAUCCACCACAACUGCUCCCCCGAGGCGCAGGCCGACAUGGUCCGCAAGGUCAAGCGUUACGAGAACGGCUUCAUCCUCGACCCCGUUGUCAUUGACCGCAACACCACCGUCGGUGAGGCCCGCGCCCUCAAGGAGAAGUGGGGUUUUGGUGGUUUCCCUGUCACUGAGGACGGCAAGCUGGGUUCCAGGCUGCUCGGUAUCGUGACGAACCGCGACCUUCAGUUCGAGGAUGAUGACAGCGCCUCCAUCUCGACCGUCAUGGUGACCGACCUCACCACCGCCUCGGACGGCGUCGAGCUCGCCGAGGCCAACCGCAUCCUCGCCAAGUCCAAGAAGGGCAAGCUGCCCAUUGUCGACAAGGGCGGGAACCUCGUCUCCAUGAUCUCCCGCUCCGACUUGACCAAGAACCAGCACUUCCCCCUCGCCUCCAAGCUGCCCGACAGCAAGCAGCUCCUGUGCGCCGCCGCAAUCGGCACGCGCCCCGAGGACAAGCUCCGCCUGAAGAAGCUCGUCGACGCCGGCCUCGACGUCGUCAUCCUCGACAGCUCCCAGGGCAACAGCAUGUACCAGAUCGAGAUGAUCAAAUGGAUCAAGAAUGAGUUCCCCGGUCUCGACGUGGUCGGCGGAAACGUCGUCACGCGCGAGCAGGCUGCCUCGCUCAUCGCCGCCGGCGUGGACGGUCUGCGCAUCGGCAUGGGCAGCGGCUCCGCCUGCAUCACUCAGGAGGUCAUGGCCGUCGGCCGCCCUCAGGCCGCGGCCGUGUACAGCGUCAGCUCGUUCGCCGCCCGCUUCGGUGUCCCCACCAUUGCCGAUGGUGGCGUCCAGAACGUCGGCCACAUUGUCAAGGGUCUCUCCCUUGGCGCCUCGACCGUCAUGAUGGGCGGUCUCCUGGCCGGCACCACCGAGUCCCCCGGCACCUCCUUCGUGUCCCGCGAGGGCAAGCUUGUCAAGGCCUACCGCGGCAUGGGCAGCAUCGACGCCAUGCAGGACAAGAAGGCCGGCGGCGGCAGCAAGGACAGCCAGCAGAGCAACGCGGGCACCGCUCGCUACUUCUCCGAGGGCGACAGCGUCCUCGUCGCCCAGGGCGUGUCUGGCUCCGUCGCGCACAGGGGCUCGAUCAACAAGUUUGUCCCCUACCUCGCUGCUGGUCUCAAGCACUCGUUGCAGGACUGCGGCAUGACCAGCCUGUCUACCCUACACGAGUGCGCGGCCAACGGCACCCUCCGUUUCGAGCUCCGCACGUCGAGCGCCCAGAUGGAGGGCAACGUCAACAUGGAGGCCUACGAGAAGAAGCUUUACGCGUAA